CAUUUCUUUUAUUUAGAAAUAAUAGAGAGAGAAAAAGUUAACUCGUAGUAACAUAAUGCGAUUGCUAUCUAUCGUAUAUUAAAAUAUAUUUCAUGCAGCAAUAAAAUAUGAUUUUUACGAUUAUAACACUAAAUAAUUUUUGUCAUUGCAUUAUAAUUAUAAUAUUGAAUUUUUUUAUUAUGAUAUAUGAUGUUACGACAACGAAAAUCAUGACAUUUAAUAUCGCGUGAAAAAGUAUUUUAAUACGGGUUUCGAUAGACGAUCUUUCUUAAUUUUUUUUUUCUAUUAUUUCCAAAUGUGAUAUCAAAUUUCGAUAUAAAAUCCUAUCUGACAAGACUGAGUGAUUGAACAUUUAAAAACUUAAAUGAAAUAAAUGAUACUACAUAGUAGAUUUAUUAUCAUUUAAAUAGAAUAUAAUAUUCAUGCAUCAUCUAUAUUUGUGUUAUAAUGAAAUUGAACAAAUUCGAAAAGAUACGUACAAAUUGUUAAGAAAUAAUGUUUAAUUACCUAAGAUCUGAUUAUAUAUAACCUUACUUAGGAUUUAAUAAAUUAUAAAAGAAUUAUGAACUGUGUUAAUUAAACAUAAAAGCACUUUUUCAUAUUAUAAUUGCAUGGAAAUUUUUAUCAAAUUUAAUAUAUUAUUCAACUUUUUAUAUUAUUCAGAAUAAUUAAGUCAAAAAACAGUAUCUGUGAAUAAUCAAAAGUUGACCAUGAUUUGUUCGAGCAGCAUACUAGCACAUUUAGUGAAACUCUUUGUGACACUUUGUUGUAUGAAAACUCUCAAUAAUACAUAUGAUAAAACAAGUAUCUGGUCCUUUCGUGCCUUUCAAAUUCUACUUUCACAUGCCAUAGUAGGAACAUUCAGAUUUGGAGUUCCACUUUUUACAUCAGGAACCAAUAUAAUAAAAUACUUAAGAAUCUUUUAUGAUUGGUACUCUAAGAUAGUGGAUGUUAUACCAUUGGCAUUGUUUACUGGUGGUAUCCUACAAGGAUAUGGGAUUAGUGAAAAAAUCCGACUUAUAAUACUUUCAUUGGGCAUUUUGCCAGUAUUUUUUCAUUUACAACCAAAGCGAAAAGAAAACCAAAUGAGAAGGCAUCAAUUAUUAAUAAAUAUUAUUACUACUCUGCAAUUAUUAAUGAUUAUGUUGAUUGGUUUGAGAAACAAUAAUUAUAAUGUUAUUAGUUUAGUUAUGUCGUAUAUAUUUGAACGUUUUUUUAUUGAUGAAUUUUGUUAUUAUUAUGAUAUCCCAAGUACUGAUCUAACUCAAUAUUCUCUCUGUUUUGUAGAAAUUUUUAUGGUUUUGACAUUGAAUGAAAUGUGAUAAGAAUAUAUAUAUGAUAACAUAAGAAUAUAAAAUGAUAAGAAUAUAAUAUUAUACCUUUUAUGCUAGGUUCGUAAUGAUGCUAAUAAAUAGCUGAAGAGCAGAUCAAACAAUUACAGGUUUGUUUGUUUAGUUUUUGGAUAAUUUAAUUUUUACAUAUUUUUACAUAUCUCUUUUGUAAAAAUAUCUGGAAAAUAUUUAUUUAUAGCCAUAUAUUUAAUAAUAAAA